CAUCAUUACUACAGCUGACGGGGCCUCCUACUACAGUGUAGGCAGAACGAUGGCAGGAGACCACACCAAAUCCUACGGGUUAAACCUCAUCCUGACCCUUGACCUGACUGGUGGGGAUGAUGAGGUGAGCACAGACGGACUGGUGGAGUUAGAAGGAGCCGGGUUCAGCGUCUUAAACUGGGGCAGGGAAAUCCUGCAGGUCUCACGCAGCAACUCUACGGAACCACCCGCAGCGCUGCAGGAAAUCUCCCUCCUGCUGCAUGAAAAGUACUGGAACAUCUCUGACAUUGAGCCUUUCAUAACUGCUGUGUUAUACAACAGCCUCCUGUCCGACCUGACCGCUGUGAGGGUACCCAGACAUGUAGGUAACACCACGGUCACACUGCACAGGGUCCUACUUCAGACUGCCGUCGCCAUGGCAGACCCCACCCUGCCACCUGUCUUGUCUGUGGAGAACUGCAGCUGCCCAGAAGGACUAUCAGGCCUGUCGUGUGACGAGUGUUCCCCAGGGUACCACCGGGAGGCGGAACAUGACGACCGUCUGGUGCCCUGCGUGCCGUGUGACUGCAACAACAACACGCUGACGUCUCCGCCUCAGUGUGAUGCUGUCACAGGGGAGUGCCUCAACUGCAAGCCCGGGAGAACUGGCAAACACUGUGAGCUGUGUGAUAACAACGUGGUGGGGGCAGACUGUGACAGGUGUGCAGAAAACACCUACGGACUGGACAACCCGGACUUCCCUGGAUGCAGAAACUGUAGCUGCAGCCCCUGGGGUGCAGUGAAUGCCUCCUGUGACCUGCAGACUGGACAGUGCCACUGCAGGAACUCCACCGAGGGGCUGAAGUGUGACCAGUGCAGGGGAAACUUCUACUACAACCAGACACUGGGGUGUAUAGAAUGUGAGGGCUGCUAUGACCAGAUUGAGACCAGAACAGCCCAGUUGAUGCUCCUGCGGGACAACAUCACCCAGUUUGUGGACAGGAUCGUCUCCGAGGCCGACCAAGACGUCUGGUUCUCUACCAGGCUGGAAACUGUCCAGUCACAGGUGACCAGCCUGUACAACCGGUCGCAGGUGACAGAAGACAUGGCGGCAGAGAUGCACGAAACCCUGGACCGGCUGAACGCUUCUGCUCAGGAGGUGCUGUCGGGGUUGGAGGUGGCUGUGGAGUCAGAAGUGGCACAGAUAGAGGGGAUGUUUGAACAUGCACUGGGAAAUGUCUCCAGCGGACAGGCCGAGAGGAACUUCACUGUUGAAGACCUCAAGAGGGCUUACAAUAUAAUCAACAACUCCCUCCCCAGUGUGACCACAGAACUGGACAACUUGGUUCAGACUCUGAACCAGACGUUGGCAGACAUGGCUGCCAUUCAGGGCGAGGUCAACACCAGCAUCUCCACGGUGCUGGGGACGCUUGGGGAUAUCCAGGACUCGGCUCUGCGGGCAUUCCAACUGGCACGGCAGGCGCAACAGGUUGCAAGCAAUGCCAUCAGCCUACACCAGAACACAACAGAACUCGUCCAGCAACUGAACCAGACAGCUCUCAACCUCACAACCAGCCUUGACUCACAGAGGGACCAGGUACAGGGGUUGUAUGGCACCGUGUCUGAAGCUACACGAGUUGUCAUGGAGACCGAGAGGUCAGUGAACUCCACGGGAGAGCUGCCCACACAGCAGGUGGAGGAGUUGAUUGACAGGAGUGUGGGGCUACAGGAGACAGCUGGAAACCUGACGCAACAGGUAACCACUGGCAUGUCUGAAAAUGAAGCCACAUCAGAAGUAACCCAGCAGGCCCAACAGACAACAGCCCAACUGGAGAGAGAAGUGCAGCUGCUUCUGGCGCAGACAGACUCACUGCACAACAGGUCCUCACAGGCCUUUACUGAGGCUCAGGCAGCUGCACAGUGGGCACAGGACAACUUCACUGCAGCUGAGUACAUGCUCAGUGUGCUGCAGAACUUUACUCUGCUGUCUCAAGUAAUGCAGGAGGUGGUCAAUGCAUCCCUGCAGGAAGUGGAACAGGUGCAGUCUGGGAGCCAGGCCACCAUGCAGCAGGCACUGGAGCUGCAGGAAAACCUGCAGCCUGCAGCAGAAACAGCACAGGCUGCACUGCAGCAGGCAGAAAACAUGCAGGGAUUGGUCAACAAUCAGUCACAGGUAACAGCAGACAUCCUGUCCCAAGCUGAAGCCCUGAACAGUUCGGCCGCUGCCCUCCCCUCCCCAGCCCAGGCUGCGGCAAACGUGAGCACCGCAAAUAUCACCAGAGUUCCCAUCAUGCAGCAGGCCUGUAGCGACCUGACCCAGGACGCAGAUAGGCUGCAGGGCGAGGUCAACAGGGUCGGAGGUCAGGUCAACAGGACACAGAGUUCUGUGCAGCAAACCCAGCAAGAUGUCUCCCGGCUGACCUCUGACCUUCAGAAUGUCCAACUUCUGGACAAGGGGAGACUGCAGGACAUCAGAAACGAGAUCCAAGCCUUACGAAGAGAAAUAACCAGCGACCAACUAUCCGCGACCAUUCAGCUGCUACAAGCCAGCAGUGAAGAACAGCAGAGGUGGAUACAGGAGAAACGUACACAAGUCACUCAGAUCAGGAACAAAGUACAAAACCUUCAGAUACUGAAAGAGCAGCUUGGAAUCAGGUAGCACAAGGUUUCUGGAUGAAACUGAGACUGGUAUAGGAAGCAAUACAUUGGGGGGUUCAAUAUCUAAGAGCUCUCACAAAGAGUAUGAACAAUAAUGAUUUAUGAUGUAAAAAAGUAUGUUUUAAGUUCAUCUUUUAAAAUAGACAGUCUGGGAGAAUGCAUAUUUCAGUGUCCAAAGUUCAAACCAUAAUUGUGCACACAAGUUUAACUGCUAAUGGAGGGAAAAGCAGCUUGUAAAAAAUGUCUUUUAAAUUUUAGCUUCAAAAUGUAGAAUCUUUGCUUGUUUUAUGUUGUAUAGAUCAGAUUCUACUUAAUAUCAUCAGCAAUAAAGUUCUCUGGGGCAGGGAAAAGAUAUCCCCCCAUAGAGAUCUAAAAAUGUCUUUAAAGAUCCCAUAAUGCUGCAUGUAGCAUAUCUUUAAGCAGCACCAAGAUCUGUAGAUAAAGAUUAUAAACCCAAAUAAGGAUAAUUGUGUACGAAAAAGUUGAAAUGAAUAUUUGUAAAAGCUGUUGUAUUUUAAAUUUGAUUAACUGGCCUUAAUCAAUUUACUAGCUUCUUAAAUCUUUCACAUUUUUCCUAGUACAUGUACAUUGUAAUAUUAUUAUCUUGUAUAUGAAGGGCCUUACCAUUACCUUGUUUAAAAAAAAGAUAGAUUUCAUCUAUGUUCAUAACUCAGAAAAUACAUACACAUGACUGUAAAAAACUUAAUAACUAUAAAACAAUCAUCACAUAUCAUCAUUCAAGUUGGGAAUAAGCCAGUAGAUAUAGUCUAAGUUACAAACCUACAGCUAACUGAUGACACAUGGAAAACCAACUCACCUGGGAAAACUUUUAGUAAUUAUGACAUGAUGACACAAUUCAAAAUUAAUGUAUAGUUUACAUCAUAUAUUAUGUAUAACAUUAUGGAACAAAUACCAAAGUGCUACCAUCAUCAGAUGGUAGGAAGCCUACUACAGUUGUGUGUACUGUAACUAAAUAAUAUUGACAGACAAAGCAGGUCAUUCUUCCCUGUAUUUUAUUUAAUCUUCUUCAAAACGAAAUUUCAGUCUUCAAUAUCUGUAAUUAUGGUUAAACUACUUCAAGUCAAUGAUUGAAUUAGUAAACAUUAUGUUACUUUUAAAUGGACCAAAUGUUAUAUAAUGAUGUACAGUUGCAGUAUGUUUGAGCUGGAUCUCAAAUCUCGACUUGUAGUAAUAAAAAAAUGAUGUUUGUAGGUGGAGAUAAAAUAAAAA